AUGGGUGUGAUUUGGGUUCUAUCACUUCUCUUCCUCAUCUCUAUCCUUCUCGCCGCCGUGAAACACACUAAACGGUGGUUGCGGCAACCACCGUCUCCUCCAGGCUUACCGAUCAUCGGCAACUUGCACCAGCUCGGAGAAUUACCACAUCAGUCUCUGUGGAGACUCUCGAAGAAGUAUGGUCCUGUGAUGUUACUGAAACUAGGAAGAGUUUCAACAGUUGUAGUUUCUUCCCCUCAAACAGCAAAACAAGUUCUUAGAGAUCAUGAUCUCCAUUGUUGUAGCCGUCCAAGCGUUGAAGCCACAAGAAAGUUUUCUUACAACUAUCUAGACAUUGCUUUCUCUCCAUAUGAUGAUUAUUGGAAAGAAAAAAGGAAACUAUGUGUUAGAGAACUCUUUAGUACUAAACGAGUUAAUUCGAUUCAACCCAUCAAGGAGAUGGAGAUGAAGAAACUGAUUGAUUCAAUCACUGAAUCUGCUUUUGAGAAAACUCCGGUUAACUUAAGCGAGAGGUUUAUUUCUUUGAAUGCUAACGUGGUUUGCAAGGCAUCAUUUGGUGUGAGUUUUCAAGGAACAGUACUCAACAAUGAAAAGUUCCUAGAUUUAGUCCACGAAACAUUCGAGGUCUUAAAGAGCUUCUCUGCUUCAGAGUUUUUCCCGUAUAUCGGUUGGAUCUUCGACUGGUUCACGGGUUUACACGAGCGGAGAGAUAGGUGCGUGCGAGAUUUCGAUGCGUUCUAUGAACAAAUGAUUGAUCUACAUCUACAGAAAAACAGAGAAGAAAGAAGCGAAGAUGAUUUUGUUGACUUGCUCUUAAGGUUGGAAAAGGAAGAAGCUGUUCUUGGCUAUGGCAAACUCACAAGAAACCAUAUCAAAGCUAUCUUGAUGAACGUUCUUCUUGGAGGAAUCAAUAGUUCUGCAAUAACCAUGACAUGGGCAAUGUCGGAACUCACAAGAAACCCGCGAGUGAUGAAGAAAGUUCAAUCAGAAAUCAGAGACCAAAUAGGGAAAAAGAACAAAACAAGAAUCGUAAGCUUAGAUGAGACAGAUCAACUAAAAUACCUGAAAAUGGUGAUCAAAGAAACAUGGCGGUUACAUCCUGUAUCACCUCUUCUAGUGCCAAGAGAAGUAAUAUCUGAAUUCAAGGUCAACGGCUACACGAUUCAACCAAAGACAAGGGUUCAUGUCAACACAUGGGCUAUUGGCCGCGAUCCCGAGGUGUGGAAAGACCCAGAAGAGUUUUUACCAGAGAGGUUUAUGGAUUGUGACAUUGAUGCAAAAGGGCAACACUUUGAGUUGUUACCGUUUGGAAGUGGUCGUAGGAUUUGUCCAGCAAUGUACAUGGGGACAGCAACGGUUGACUUUGGUCUUGCGAAUCUCUUGUAUCAUUUUGAUUGGAAGUUACCAGAAGGUUUGGAUGUUGAAGAUAUUGACAUGGAUGAAACUUCUGGACUCACUUCCCAUAAGAAACAUGAUCUUCUACUUGUUCCUGUGAAAUCUUUAGCUCUUUGA